UGCACGGGGCCUGUAACUACUUCCUGUAAGGGAAGCCCAGUCAGCUGUCACAAUCUGUGAAAGGCGAGAAGAGGGAUCACAGGCGAAGAGAAACACAACUAGAGCUAAAAAUGUCUAGUUUUUUCAACAAGUUUAGUGCUUACACGAUGGCUCAACUCAACGAAAUUCUGGAGGACGAUGAAAAACUUACAAAAAUGGUACAGGAGAUAGAUGAGAUGCAGGAAGUUCAGCAAAGCAAAGAGCAGACACUGGCCAACAACCGAACCCUGGCAGAGCAAAACCUCGUCCUGCAGCCCAGACUGGAGCACAACAAAGAGGAGCUCACCAAGCGCUACAGCUGUCUCCAAGAGAGAUUUGAGUCCUAUCAGCUUCGCAAAUCCACCCUAGACCACAAGUCAGGAAACACCUCCCUGGACCUUUUGCUGGCCUUGCUGCAGGCGGAGGGAGCCAAAAUAGAAGAGGAGACAGAGAAUAUGGCUGAUUCAUUCCUGGAUGGUGACAUGACCCUGGAUUCCUUCAUCGACGCCUACCAGAGCAACAGAAAGCUGGCCCACUUGAGAAGGGUGAAGAUCGAGAAGCUGCAGGAGAUGGUGCUGAACGGGCAGCGCCUCCCCCAGGCGUCUGUCCCUACUUCCCGAUCUCAGGAUGUGUUUGCAGCAGCCAGAACCUCAACCUCCAGCCUGCUCAACGAUGCCGGCAGCAGCUCUUCCCCAGUCGCCCAGCCGAGGAGGAAACCCCCACUUCCUCCAUCCCAGCCGGCCCCAAUUCUAAAUCCACCUCCAACCGCUGCCCCCCAGCCUUCUGUUUUCUACUCAGUAUCGCCAUACCCGCCGAUUCCUCCCAGAACAGGCCAACCAUUCCCCAACGUCUCCUCUGGCUACCCCACCCACCUACUAUCUCAGUAUCCCCCAGCUUUGCCUCAGAGGCCCCCACCCCAGAUGGCCCCGCAGCCUGGCUUCAUCAUGCAGUAAAUACAUGUAGUUACCACUCAGAGGACACAGUUUGUGUCGUGGACUUUUCAUUCCUGGAACUCCUCUUGAGAACUAUUUUUCUAUGAUGUCUGGCUUCAAAUAUGACCAAUAACGCAAGAAGGCGGACCUGCACAGGUUGAGGUGGUCAUGUUUGGCUGAAGCAGAUCUCCAAUAAUGUCUGUGGAUUCGUGGUCAUCUCUCACUCCCAUAACACUCCCAACAACAAAACGUGACGAGAUCGGCCUCGACUCUCUCAAACCUGAGUCCCUUCAGGGGAAAGGUCCAGUGCAGGCUGCUGUAGUCAGUCAGAGUCCGUCUAUGGGUCACUGGGCUGGGACUUGUCAUUUAUCAGCACCUUAUUUCUCCUGGCAGUGCCCUCAGCUCUGCAUGCCCGUUAGUUCCCCUCUCUUACCUCCCUUCAAACAAGCUCUUCAAGCUUUCAUGGAACACUAAAGUCAUUCAAAACAGGGUUUGAUUAUUCAUUUCUAUCUGCAGCAUACUAAUUUACUGGUAAUGUAUAUGCAAGCAAAGAGAGACCCUUAUUACUGUGCAGUGAUCCCAGAAUAUAUUCAGGCGAAACUGCAUCAAUGCUGUGAUGUUUUUUUGUUUGUUUCUUUUUUAUUAUAAAAAUUCACACGGUACAUAGAAAUAUUUGAGUGUCUGCAUCUUUUUAUGUUCUAGUACUAAUGGAGUUAUGUUAAUGAUAGCCAGGAUAAACUGAUUAACAUGUGUAAAGGAGGGCUUUGGUUGGUGUAUCUCUUCUUCAGUACGUGGAUGUGUCUCGAGAGUCCGGACCUGCCUGGUCCAAGAUGGCUGACUGUUGUACUUGGUCCAUCUCGGAGCAAAAGUCAAAAAGGGAGUUGAAGGAGAGAACCAGUGGCUAAAAUAGGGUAACAAAUGACUAGGCCUGUUGAGCCUUGCCUGAAAUGAAGGAUCUCUUGUAUAGCCAUACAGUACUUGUCUGUGUGUUGUUUUCUGUGGGUUCCUGUUGUAAUGCAACACUCCUUUUUAUAAUGUUCUUUGUCUUAAACUCGAUUGGGAUUGGAGAUGAUGCCAACAUUUCUUCUGGAUCUCAUAUGGUCCUGUUCAGUUUUCUGUCACACUGAGCACCAAAGAUUUCCCACAUCACUCUGUGUUCAAACUUUUUUGCUACAGUCUUUUUUUUUUUCUUCUUUUUUUUAUGCAAGUAAGAUAAUCUACUAUUGUUCCCAAAAUAUCUGUUUUGUGAUGUUGAGCUCAAACACUCUGUGAACAUGCAAGCAAGAUUUCUUCAAAAGGAACUUGCGAUGUCAACCUGGCUUUGGGAGGAAAAUUCCCUUUUUUAUUCCUCCCAAGUGCUGUAGCUGUGCACUGUUGAAGAGCCGUGAGUGCCUACACUUGAAGUGACGUUGAUCACGUCCUGCUGACUACUCCAUGAUUCUGUAUGCUCCGC